AUGGUGCCUCACGCAUUACCCUCCGACUUUAGCACCCGCCUGACCCAAGCCUUCGCUCGGACCAGACGGAUAACUCUCAGCUUGGACUGGGCAGCUCAGAAACAUGCCUCGCCAGAUCCGACCCGUGGAACCGAACCAUUGUUCCACCAUCUUAUUGUCCCCACUCGGGUCACAAGCUCUCGAACUUUGCAGCUUACUUGUGACUACGUUCCUGGUUAUGGAGUUUCAGACUGCAGGAGCUUCUCUAACUCUGCUUUGUCUAGAAGAACUCAUGCCGUAUUACCUUGCUCUUGCUGUCUGGUUCACAAACUGCACAUAGACAAGGGACGAAAUCUAAAAUCUGCCGCUAGCAAAAUCUCAUUUGUGUGCCGAGCAAGUUCUUCUGGCCAUAGGAGAAACAAUCCUGAUUUCUCAAGAAACAACAAUAAGAAUGGUUUCCGAGGCAGAAACAGGCGAAACGAAGAUAGAGACGGUUUAGACGGUGUUGGUGGUCUUGAUGACUCUGAGAUGUUGUCUUCCAAAAACGGUCCUAUAUUCUCUCUAUCCAAUUCCCCAAAGUUCCAGGCUACUUCAUCACCUGGACCAAGAGAGAAAGAGGUAGUGGAUCUUUUCAGGAAAGUCCAAGCUCAGCUCCGAGCUCGAGCUGCUGCUAAGAAAGAAGAUAAGAAGAGUGAAGAAGCUUCUAAAGGACAAGGAGGAAAAGAGAGUGAGACAGUGGACUCUCUUCUCAAGUUACUGAGGAAGCACUCAGGAGAACAAAGCGUAAAGAAAAGCAGUUUUAAUUCUGAGAAGCAGCUACAAGGAGAUGAUGCUGCAGAUAGGCAAGAUCACAGUUCCAAAAACUUUGAUUCGCGAAACAGAGAUCAUAAUGCAACUCCCUUUACCAGGCCAGCGUCAAGCUUCAGACGCAAUUCUCCUGUACCGAGACAUAAAUCGCAGUUCAAUUAUUCUAGUGAGGCGACUUUUGAUGAAGAAUCAAGUUACAGUGUCACCUGGACUCAGAAAAAGGAUCAAGUAGAGUUGCGUGAUGAACCUGAAUACGAGCCUGAGCCUGAGCCUGAGUAUGAACCUGUAUCUGAACCAGGACACGCCCUUGUGGAAUCAGAGCCAGAACUGAAACCAGAGUCAUUUUACCAAGAGGAGGAUGAAGAUCAUGAUGUCGCUGUAGAUGAAUUAUCAGAUGAUGAUGUCGAGGAAGAAACUGCGAAAGUGGAAGACUUGAGUGCAUUGAAGUUGACAGAACUUAGAGCCAUAGCAAAAUCAAGGGGUCUCAAAGGGAUUUCAAAGAUGAAGAAAGCUGAGCUUGUGGAUUUGCUUAGUAAAGCCUGAUGAUAGCCUGAUAGGAAUGAAGAUGAAUAUUGCUUUUAGUUUUUGAUACAACCAAUAAAUCUCCAAAUAUUUGUUUCAUUCUUAAUCUUGAUGAAGUCUGUUAUUAAUUAGUUCAUGAGUUUUCCCUUUUUGCUUCUAAGUUCUAACAGCAAUGUUGAAUUGUAUUUUUAUCUUUUUCUUUGUGUUAUGAAAUUAAAAAAAAAAAAAACUGUUCUCAUUUA